AGAGGGCAGGUGAAUUUCUCAGAUGUUUUUAUAGUCUUCUGAAAUUGAGACAACUGCCCAAUCAUCCUGAAGUAAAAUGAAGACGAGUGGUAUUUUUGUAUCUCACUUGCAUUUUUAUUUUUUGGCUUAGAAAGUGGAAAGAGGCAGGGCAACAAACAUACUGAGGGCCGGAGGACAGGAACACACAGCACUCCAUGUGAUUUAAGCUGCCUUGAGACAAGAACCAGUUUGGGAGGAAAGUAAUGGGGGGGGGGUUGUUCCUGUAAGACCUCAAGUGUUGUCAGGUGACGAACAUAGAGUAGAGCAACAUAGCCUCCAACUGACAGGCUUGGGUGAUACCCAAAUUAUCAUCCUCAGAAUAGACCCACUGAAAUAAAUGCACAGUUUCACUGAUUUCAGAGGGUCUGCUCUGAGUCUGUCUAAUGCUGACCAGUUGGGACAAUGAAAGUGUUUGCAAGUGCCUGUUCUUCCCCAGGGAAAACUGCCUAGGAAAGCAUUAAGAAUCCUUAACCUCGGUAAAUAUCAAGUAUUGCUAUGAUACAAGUGAGAUUUAAUUAGUCAAAAAGGUAAAGCCAAAGACAUGCCUAACAACCUAGAUAAAUGCACAUAACGUUCCCAACCAAGUUUGUACCUGCUUAGCUUCAACAGUGCUAUGUAGUAACAGGUGCUCCUAGACUAUUUACUGGUCAUACUCAGAGAUCCCACUUAUUUCAUUUAUCUGAGUUAAAUCCCUAAGUGCAUGUUAAAAGCAAAAUUUCAAAUGCAGUUCAUAAUACUCUAGAGUUUGUUUGUUUGUGUAAAUCGCUUUUCAAAAUGAAACAAUGCCAAACUGUUAUUAACCUAUGGAUGGAGAUCAGAUACUGUAGUUUUGGAUGCAAAUGUAUAGUAGCAAGCUUAUCAGCUGUUUUACAAGACUGAGCAGUAGCUUGUCUUUGGUUUCGUUUGGUGUUGCACAACCUCUUACAAAACAUGUGUUGCAAUCCCCAGAUUGUUUAGGAUGGCUCAGUGAGGGCAAAAACGUUUUCACAAUCCUUUAGGUCAGGCUCACAUGGAUAAAAAGUGAGUAGAAGGUGGUACAAAAAUUAUAAAACAAAGGUACAUAAAUUCUUAAGAGCAGUAGUUGCCUAGCCUGAGGAUCUGGAGUUACUAGAUUUGCAAGCAGAGUUGCAUACUCCUGCUUUUCCCUAUAUCAUGGAAUGAGAGACCUGAAUUCAGAAACAAAGCAAGUGGCCUUUUGUAAGUCACUAUCUAUUGGACUUCAGACCUCCAAGUGAUAGAGAAUAAUGUGAGGACUUAUAUGUUAGAAGCACUUAAAAAAAUUAUUCAUCAUCAGUGACACACAGCUCCUCCAGCUCUGUUGCACAGUGUGUGUCCUCUGAGUUUUAUAAUACUGCCUCUGACGCUGCCAGGAACAUGUUAAUUGGGUGACAUGAGUAGGAAAGCCCUGUAUUACAAGACUUGUCAGUUUGCAUACAACACCUAAUUAAGGCCAACACUCCAAUGUUCUUGAACAUUUAUUACACUAGUUGCAUUUGUCUUUUCAGAGAGAGAGAGAGAGAAAUUGUUAACAGAGGCUAGUAUAUUUUGUAAGUAAAAGUAAAUGGGAAGACAGAAAGAACCUGCGUGGACUAUAUUAGUAUUAAUGGUUCGCUGAGGUCAGAUACAAAUAUAGCUAAGGAAUUCUGUGUGUCAGAUUUUAUAUUCAGCUGUAUAGUCAGAUCACUUAUGCCUGAAAGUUCUACCAAGAAAAUACUAGAAAAGAUCUGGAAUUUCACGACAAUGAGACAAGCUAUAGUUAAUGAACAAGAAGGAUGAGGGGAGGUAGCAGUUUCUUUCCAUAGGAACCAAUCAGUUGAUAAUGUAAGUAUUAUUGUUGUGAGUGUGUAAAACUCAUCUAUAAAAGUUACAAUUAUAGGCGUCUGCUUACAUGGCACUUUGGGAAUCUGUUUUUAUGAAGGACUGAUUGAAAUUAAAGUGAACUGUGGCUGAUUACAUAAGGCUUAUUUUUUGUAAUUUUAAUAUUUCACGUUGUGAAAGAAUGAGAAACAGUAAAAUAUUGAACACUAUCUGGACAUAGGAGAAAUUGGCACAGUUCAGACAUACUGUAUUGGCCUGAAUAUAAGCCUCACUUGCCCCCCAAAUUUUCCGUGAAAAGUUAAAGUGUGGCUUAUAUUUGCAACCUUACGGUAUGCAGCCAGGAGCGUGGGGCAAACAGCAAACAGCAGCAGGAACGUGGGAAAGCAGCGCCCACCCCCUGCAUAGUCCCCCGUCCUCUCCCCCAAGGCCAGGAAGGGAGAGAGCGAGGAAGGGGAAAGGCCACCAGCAACACAGCACAGCUCCUCCCCCCCCCCCCCGUUAUGCAGCCAGGAGCACGGAGGAAUGGAGCGGCUUAUAUUCGGGUAUUUUUUCUUUUUCCUCCUCCAACUUUAAAGGUGUGGCUUAUAUUUGGGUGCUGCUUCUAUUCGGGCCAAUACGGUAACACUUGCCACUCUAACGAUGGUGAGGAGCUUGGCAGUGUUUCUAGGGGACGGCAGCUUCCACCUGCUUUUACUCGCAUGAAUUCCCCAUGGAAUGCUUCAUUAACGAUAACCUUAAUCUUGCUAACCAAAAUCUUCCCUGGUGACCAGAGUCCGAACCCAGGGCUUGAAGCAACUUACAAACCCUUGUGGUGAAGCAAUGUGAUUAACUUAAUUGGACUAAAACAGUUUGUUAGCACUACAGACCAUGGAAGGGAGAGGAAUUCAUGUUGGAGAAGGGAGCAUUCAAAUCUAUAGCAUGGUUGAAAUCUCAUAGACUUCCACACACACUUGAAUUUCCCAGCUCCUUGUUGCUCUGUUGAUCCAGAUGUGAAGUCGUGCCACCCUGCACCUCCACUUUUAUGCAGUAUAUCUUCUACCCCUACAGUUGCCCUAGCAACCCAGAGUUCCAUAGCAGCUUUUCAUGUAGUGGCUUUCUCAAGAUUUAUGGGCCGGGGUAUCUUAGCAAUCAAGACAUCAAAAUGGUAGUUGCUUAGAUGUAAUGUACACCAAAAUGGAUAUCAAGCACAUCAUUAUAGGAUACAUUAUUAUAGUAUUCUGGAACUAUUUUGUUCAGGCCUCAUUUCCCCCCAUUAAAUUAUUUGGGGUUGUUUCCAGCUACUCAACGUAGACCUACUAUUCUGAAUAAAAUUAACUUGGAUACAACCCUUUAUUUUAUUUGUAUUUUAUUUUUUUUUAAAUGAUAUUUAUUGAAAAUUUUAAAAUUACAAAAGAGAAUAAAAAAGAAAAAAAGAAAAAACAAAGAAAAGACAAACCAGUCAAACAAUACAGAUUAAUAAAAAUCAAAAUCAAAAAAUAACACGACACAAUUAAAAAACAAAAAUAUACCACAAACAUUUAAAAACAAAUCCAAUAUUCUCAUAUCUUUAACUGUCAUUACCUUCUUUCUUUGACCUCCUCCUCCUCCCUUUUUUUGUAUCCUGAUUAUUAAUUGUCACAGCAAAUCCUUUCCAUAUUUCAUAAUAUUCUGUCAUUACUUUACCUUAAUCUAUUUUAAUCUUAUCUUACUAUGAAAACCUUAAAACUUAAAACUUAAAUCUUAUUUUUACCAAUUUCUCAUAACCAUAAUAUUCUUUCAUAAUUCUUUAAACAUUUUUGCUAAAGCCGAAUAAUUUCGUUCCAACAUUUUUCUAACAUUCAUCAAUUUUAUAAAACAAUCAUAAUAAAAGAAAUAAUCCAAUCUUCAUCCAGCGUCUCUUCCUCCUGGACCCGGGUUUUGUCAGUCCUUUCUAUCCCAUCAAUCUAGCGCAUUAACCUGGUAACCUUAUGUCCAAGGCCCUUAAGUCUCGUCCAUGUCCCUUCCGCAGUUCUUCUUCAUAUUUAUAGCUAUAUUUUCCUUUAUCUCCUACUUCUUUCACUCUUGGGAACUCCAGCUUGACAAUGCUUUUGACCCUUCUCGACAAAUCAGCCCCUUUUCCAUAGUCCCCACUAAGUUCCAUGUGGUAUUUAAGAACAUGUUUCAAAAACCCUCCAAAAUUGAGAGCCCCCACAACCCCAAACAUCUCACGGCCCAUUGCCAGACUCGAAAAGUCCAAACCUCCCUGCAUAGGGGGGUCUAUCCAACCCCCCAUUUCCAAACCAAACCAAACUUUAUCUUUCCAAAUCUGGCUUUUUCGAAGUUCAUUUGUCAAAUCCAAGAAUUCAUGUUCCUGCUGGGCCGCAGCUCCCUCCAUCCCUGGUGCCCAAGAUUCAGCAACAUCCUCUUCCCUCAUCUGUUCUGUCAGGGCACACUCCUGAUCUAAUUCCUGGGUGGGCGCUAUAUAAUAUCCCACUGCCUGUCCAAAAUUUCUAAUCGCAUCAGUCAUAAAAUCCGUCUUCUCAUGUAGCUGUUCCAGUAGGGCACUUGUUUUACAGAAAGCACUCAACAGAGCUUCUGAAUACAUUGUCCUGCAAGGUCAGAAGUCUAUUCCCACGAUCGUAAUCUGUAACAGCUGCGAGCUUCCCAAUUCAAAAUUGGUUACAGUUUCACAGGCUCCCUCUAGGGGAAAAACGUCUGCUUGUUCUUUUCUUUUAAAAACAAAUCUAACAACAAAGUUUCCUUUUUCAGAUAUUUUGUCAAUAUUUGUUCCUUUAAAAUGCGAAGGGGAACAAUGGAAUCACUAUGUAUCUCUUCCUUUAGCUAUCUGUCAAAAACGUUUGUCUCUGGUCAAUGAGCUUCAAAGAACGUCAGUCCUGACACCCCGCUCCAGGAUCAAGACGGUGGAAAGUUACUUUACUUUACACUCACUUCUGCAGGUUUAAACAGUCCAGAAAAAUAUCCCCCCUCUUCUCCUGCUUCCGAAGGGGUUCCACAAUUUUAAAUGAUGAAAGUUAAUCCUUUAGAAGCGAUUUUCAGAACUUUAGUUUGCUGUGUCUUUGCUUUAAUCUAUCUACAAAGAAAUGGAAGGCUGACUUCCUGUUUAGACCUUCCCGUUUCAGUGCCAAAUUAAAUUAAACUUUUAAGUCCAGUUUUCCUUUCUGCUCACAAAUCCUUAUUUAGAGUCCAAUUGUCCGAAACUUAAGUACUCACGGGUGGUUGUUUUAAAAGCCAAAUUGUCCCAGGAAAAAGGCAGCACUCUCCGGCAACGGCUGUGCGGCUUCGCUCCACGGAAGAAGCAGUUGACUCUCAGCACCGCGCCACUUCCCCCUCUUCGCUCCGGAGCCCGUUAGUGGGUUCCUUUGCGGGUUGGGGGGGUGCUAAAGGUGCCCGCCGAGUCCCAUGGUCACAGGCUUCAUCCGCCUGUGAUUUUUGAAUGGGUCCCCGCUUCGCCGUAGCGGAAAAGACCCGAUUCCCGUGGAGCUGGUCCCUCCAGUUCAGAGGCAGUCUGCCAUUGCCGAUGGCGCCACCCCGGAAGUCACCUUUAUUUUAGAACUGUAUAUGUGUGUGCUGUUUUACAAAACACCAUACUCCCCGCCCUCUCCCCGAAAAAAAGGUCAGGAUCCAUGUACAGAGGAGCUAACUCUCUAAAUUUUGCCAAUGGUGAAAAUAUCAAAAUAAGGGGAGGAAAUAGAAGGAAAAGGAUGAGAAGAGAUGAAGGUAACAAAAUGUAGUUAAGUCUUGUUUCAACUGGGGAUGAGCCAUAGCUGGAGAAAGCAAAUAGGUGUCACAGAAAAACAGUUAACUUCCAAAAGAGUAUAAAUCUAAAUAGCUCUGUUAACCAUUGUAGCAAAAAUAAUGGGUCUUGUAGCACCGUAACAGGCAAAUUAACUAUUGCAUAUGCAGCUCCAGUCCACUUCAUUGCCUCCAUGAAGUGUUACUCUUAGUUGGCAGGUAGAUCUACAUAUGACAUGGGGAGGAACAGUAAACAGUCAAUCAAACGGUGAUAAAAUGUAUGUGACAAUUCAGUUAAGUGGGCAUUCCCAGCAGAAGUAUUAGGUGAAAACAUUCUAGCACUGCUAAGUAAAUUAAUACCUUCGCUGUGACGGAAGCUGUGUCCUUGUUCAUGCCUUGAAUGCGGGAAUUAAAUUUUUUUGACAUUUCUAAGCCAGCAGUUUCAUGCCGGAGUUUGGAAUUCUGGCGUAAAAGAAUGGCAAUUUUUAGAUCAGCUAAGGAGUGUCCUGAAAACUGUAGUGCAUUUCUGUUGGUGUCUGAGUGCUGUUAUUUCUGGAACUCGGAUUUGUGAUCACUUAUUCUUUUACACAGACUGACCUGUGUGUCAUAGGACAUAGAACGCAGAAGGGCAUUGCUGGCAAGCGAUAGUAUAUAACAGAUAAGGAGAGGAGCAAGUGAAUGAAUACUUGAUGUGACUGCUCAUGUCAUUAGGUCCUAUAACAUUAUUGCCAGGGUAGAUGUGGGGAUAGAGUUGCCGUCUGGAUUUGUUGUGGGAUCUGAUCCCUGUGUUUGUUUCUCUGGUUUGGCACUGGUUGUGUCUGGUUGCUAAAAGUGGUGAGUUUUAGAGUAAGGGAGUGACUGCCUGUGAGCAAGGACAACCAUUGAUUACUGUGACAGAGAAUUGUUGCUGUAGAUCUCGGAUGGGAUGUUGAUGCGCUGCGGUGAUUUCAGCUGGGAGAUCUUGAUAACAGCCAUUGAUGUAUUAAGGAUAGGAGAAUCUAACAAUUUUGAUUUCUCUGUUUGUCAUCUUUCCAAUCCUAAAUUUGGUCCUCCAUGUUCCCAAAUCAAGUAUUCUUUAUUUUAGAAAUAAAGGUCCUCAUAAAAAUUCACCAGCUAUUUAGUGUGAAUUUCUUCUAAUAUGAACACGUUUCUAACACUAAAUCACACUGAAUUGCUGGCGAAUUUUCUAUUAAUGUUUAAUUGUUUUUUAAUGAUGGUCCCCUAAGUUUUUAGGUGUUUCUAUUUUAGCUGUAAGCCACCUUGAGUGCCUGACAGGGAAAAAGGUGGGAAACAAACAAACAAUUUUUUUGUAAAGCUUUUUUUUUGCAAAGCAAUGUAAUACAUGUUUCUAUGUUUCCCCUAAUACAGUGGUGCCUCUGGAUACGCACCCCUCUGGUUGUGUAUCCUUCGAGUUACGCACUCAGCAAACCUGGAAGUGCUCUACGUGCUGCGUGCAUGCACAGAGCAGGCACCUCCGGUUGCAAAUUCCUUGGGAUCCGACCGGAGCUCCAGAACGUAUUCCCGUGCGCAACCGGAGGUACCACUGUAUGUGCAUUUUAUGCACACCUUGCCCUGGUAUAUGUAAUUUUGUACACAUUACUUAGUUGGAGAACUGCACUGGAAAAUUUGGAAAAGUGUGGGUUUUGGGAGAUGUCUUUGUAUUGGUUCUUAUAUUGUUUUGAAAUGUGCGGAUCAUGUAGAUUCACCUUUAAAUGCGACUGAAUCAAAUUUCUUCUGCAUCUCUAGUUUCUUAAUCUAUCCUGAUCCUGAAGUAGAAUAUUCCAGUGGUACCAGUUUGAAAUGGUCAAUCCAUUUUUUUCACUUCACUAGAAGGGGAAAGUGAAACUAGUGAGGAGGAUUGGUUGUGUUCAGGCAUGACACAAAACCAUGGAGUCUGGAUGAGCAUCAAGCUCAUUCUCUUCCCUCUUUACUCUCCUCUGGUACAGCUGUGAGGAGGUAAUCCUUCCUUAGAUCAUAGCACUUGACAGCUAUGUCCAGAUUUGGCUAUAGUGGAUAGCCAUGGUUAGUGGGAAAUGGAAGUGAGAGCUUCUAAUCUCUUUGCAAUCACACCAGAAGAAGAGAGGGGAAAGGGAAGCACACAAGUUUGGAGGCUCAUGCACAUAAAGUAAAUCCCUAGAUUAGCCUUAAAUGUGAAGCAGACCAUCAUGUAGAUAUUAUGGAGGAAAUUUUAGUCACAUGAAGGAGAAUAGGCAGAAUAUAGGCACUGUGGUCUAAACCAGAGCCUAGGACUUGCCGAUUGGAAGGUUGGCGGUUCGAAUCCCCACACACGGGGUGAGCUCCCAUUGUUUGGUCCCAGCUCCUGCUCAACUAGCAGUUCAGAAGCACAUCAAGUGCAAGUAGAUAAAUAGGUACUGCUCUGGCGGAAAGGUGAACAGUGUUUCCAUGUGCUGCUCUGGUUUGCCAGAAGCAGCUUAGUCAUGCUGGCCACAUGACCCGGAAGCUGUCUGCGGACAAACGCCUGUUCCCUCGGCCUAUAGAGCGAGAUGAGCGUGCAACCCCAGAGUCAUCCGCAACUGGACCUAACAGUCAGGGGUACCUUUACCUUUACUUAUUCUGACUUAGAUGGUGGUGAUGAUUUAAAUGAUGAUUUAAAUUUAAACUUCACCUGACUAAAUGUUACUCACACAAAUCGCCAUUUAAAGUAUGACCAAGAAUUAAAUUUCUAGUGGAUUUGAGAUCAGUGACUUGUGAUCAGUGAGGUUUGUUGUUGUUGUUGUUGUUGUUGUUUUGCACUAGCAGUUGAGCCGACAUAUGAAAUCAAUAUAGCCUCGUAAUUGGUGAUGUAAUGUAACCUGUCUCCGAGUCAUGUGUCAAAAUGAGUAUCCAGGUUCAGGAAUUGGUUUACUUUGAAAGCUUUUGGAAGCAUACAAAAUAAAACUUCACUGUAACCCAAUUCAGGUGUUACAAGCAGGUAUGAAAGCAGAAAUGUACCAAUCUUGCUUUACAAUAAGAUCCUUAAAUCUGAGGGUGGAGAGAGGAGGUUUGUCCUCUUCUUGCCUUGUUUGUAUGCUGCAGCCAAAGCAAGAAAUUUCCUUACUUGUUAUAAUAUCCCAAUUGCUUUUGGAUAACUUUCUGAAUUAUCAUUACCAGACAAUAUCUCCAGUAUUUUAGUCCUCUUUUCUGGUAUCCAGUUGUAUCAGUGACCACACAUAUCGGCAUAGACCUUUCCUAAUCAAAUCCUUCUGUAUGCAGUUCUACUAACUUUUAACAGAGACAAGGAGAUUCAUGUUCCCAACCUCCUCCUUUAAAACGCAGUAAUCCAUUUUAUGACCCAUGUUAUAAAUUGUAAUUUACCAUUCCAAGCCUCAAUUUAUUAAGUAAUUGGCAGGUGUUCUUUGCUUGUUUUGAUUUUUAAGUACUUUUUUGUCCAGUAGGUUUUCUGCCUAUGAUUGCCAUUUGUAUAAUGAUGAUAUUAGAACAGAGUUAGGAAGAAGAAAGAAAAGAUCACCUGUUUCUUUUACAUAUAUAUUUUUAAUCCAUUGUUAACAUUUUGUCUUUUUUACAUGUGAAUGUAAUUUGCACAAGAAUGCCUAUUAUAUUUUUGAUUAGGGGCUUGUGCCUGUCACUACUCUACUGAAGUCAAGAAAUUUCAAGAGAACCAUAGUUGGGAGGAGAAAAAUGAGAGGUAAAAAAGGAUGAGAUAAGAAACUAAGGUUAGUGGUAACUCUUAGAGUACUUGGUAGUACAGUACAAUAUGAAUAAUAUUUCUUCCCCACCCCAAUUUAAUAAUAGAAUGGGGAUAUUAACAGAUUAGGGGCGUCUUGAUCUUGUGCCUAUGGAACUGUUCCCCUGUAAUCCUAAAAAGUGGAGAGAUGACAUUCUGCAGUGAAGAGUUGUUUUUAAACCGAAUUGUUUUUGUAAAUAACAUGAGAAUGUAGAUAAGAUUACAUUCGUAUUGCACGUUCUAACUGUUUCUUCUACACAUUUAUUCCAUUCUUUCAAAGAAUUACAUAAAAUAAGAGUUCAGAGAUGUACUGGGUUUUGUUACGUACCCUAGGCUUCUGGACCAAUGUUUAAAGUAUACUUCCUUUGUACGAUUCUAUAGCUUUUGAUAGCAACAAAGAGAAAAAGGGGCCUUCUGUGCCACUUGUGACAGCUUUUCACAUCAGAGGCAGGGUGCAGUAGCAGAUUAUAAUGGCAAGACAAUGUGACUGGUUAAUGGAUUAAAUAUGAUACUUCAGGAAACAAAAACAUCAAUUUCUUUAUCCUUCAGUAGCUGGGGAAAAAUAGAUUCCUUAUCUUUGAAGUUUACUUCUGUUUCUGACAAUUCAUGUAAGUUUCUUUUAUAUUAAUUCCCAUCUGUUCUUGCUGACAGCUAUGAAUUUGUUUAUUUAAAUCACAGCUUAUCAUAUUUAGCCUUUUUCAGGGAUGGUCUUCUUCCACACACAAAAGCCUUGUCAUAUAAAUAGUGUCCAAAAUGAUCAGCUACCUCUGUAAUUUCUGAGCCCAAAGAAAAAUCCCUCUCCCCCUCAAAAAAGAAAUUUGGCUAGAAGAAAUCCUGGUUAUGGAAACCCAACAUUUUGGUCCUAAUAUGUGAAUUAUAUUUAAAUUAUGACUUCUUUGUAAUGAAAUGCCUGGUUUUUUAAAAUCUGUCUAAGCAAGAUUCAUUGGUUAUCCUUUCAGUGUUCAAAAAUAAAUAACAUCUGUAGGAAUGCAUCUACAUCUCUUGAAAUGCAAAGCAUUCGAGUAGGAAUAUGAUUUGUUAAAGUGGUCCUUUGUGCGGUUGACUUCACUUCGGUCUUUAGUUUUGUGCAUUCUUUGCAGUCCGAGCUGAUGCCAACAAAAGUUUUUUUGUGGACUUUAAAGAGGUUUGCACAUUGCAGUCCUUUUGUUCAAGGCAUAAACCUAAGAAUCUGUUGUUGCAUAAAUACAGAUCUGGAGGUUUGACCACUUGGACUAAGCAGAUGGGGGUUUAACUAGUGGCAUGCAAAAAAUAAAGAAAAGAACACCCACAAAAGGCAAAUUAUCAAUUGGAUAUUAGAAAGGAUAAAAACAAAAACUGGGAACAAGUCCCAUUUUCUGUCAAAAUGUAUCAAAUUUGUUCAGAUCAGUGGAAAUGGGGACUUUACAGCUUUCCCCAUUCAGUGAUAUUCUUCCACACAUCCUGAAAAGUCACCCCUGCAAGUCAGGGCAUCAGGCUGCUAAGUGUGAGGUAUUGCCAUCAGAAUGGGAAACAUAUAUAUAUUUGUUUCCUUUUUAAACUACCCUUUAUCCCAUAGUAUCCCAUCACAGUUUACGGCAUAAUGGUUUAAUAGUUUGAGUGUCAGACUAGGGUUUGAAUUGCCAUUCAUCCAUGAAACUCUCUGAGUGACCUUGUUCCCAUCAAUGCUUCUGAGCCUACCCUGACCUACAAGGUUUGUUGUGGGAUUAAAUGCAGUAAAUAAAUAAAAUAAUUGGAUGCAAUUAAACAGCACAGAACAAUAUUUAAAACCUCAUCUAAACGAAUUUCAGUCAUAAGCGGUCAGAACUGUUGGGAUAAUAUUUGCCUCCCAACAGCCUGAAGGAAAAAAAUCUAUCCUUUCAGUUAAUGUCAGAAAGCUCACUAUGAGGGGAUGUCUGUACUUCCACAGCAGCCAAGAAACACUCUAUCCGUGUCACCACCAAAUGACCAGAGCCUCCCUUGCAGUUCUCAGGAUUUUGGUUGGCAGAUAGGGAGAGACCCCAUUGUCUUAUGUUUUGUUAGCAUUACCUAUAUAACUAACGUAGGCAGAACAGGGUUUUUUUAAAAAAAAAAUCACAGCUGUGGUUUGGGUUUUCUUUAAAUAAAUAAAGAACUUUAUAAGCAGCUUAAUAUUUCAAAAACCUCUUAGCGAUGUGCGACAACCACAUAAAAGCAAGAAUUGGGGGGACUCAAACAGAUAAAAGCAGGGUCAGUUCUUACGGAAACGUUUUGAAGGCAUAACGCCAAGAUACUUAAUACUUUGCACUUGUAAAGUGCUUUCAAGUGUUCAAAGUGCUUCACAUGCAUCAUGUACAGUGGUACCUCGGGUUACAUAUGCUUCAGGUUACAUACGCUUCAGGUUACAGACUCCGCUAACCCAGAAAUAGUACCUCGGGUUAAGAACUUUGCUUCAGGGUGAGAACAGAAAUCGUGCUCCGGCGGCGCGGCAGCAGCAGGAGGCCCCAUUAGCUAAACUGGUGCUUCAGGUAAAGAACAGUUUCAAGUUAAGAACGGACCUCCGGAACGAAUUAAGUACUUAACCCAAGGUACCACUGUAACCGGAAUCCUUACAGCAGCCCUGUAAAGUAAGUCAUCAUCUCCCAUAUUAAACAAAUGGCUUGGAUUUCCUGAGGCCACCCGGUAAGUUAAUGACAGAGGUGAGGGUCAGAAGGUAGGCUUGAUUAUUCAUGUCAUGGCUUAUUCACUAUGGUGCACCAGCUCUCACAAUACACUUAGAUAAACCUUGCAGUAUUGGUUGAAAAGAACGUAAUGCCUCAAAGCAUAAAGACAUGAGAAAUAGUCAGAUGUUCCCGUAGAAUAAGCAGGAUGUGAAGGUCCUUUUUGCUGUUACUGUUUGUGUUUUUAAAACCUAUAUAUACACAAGUGCAAAUAUAUGCUUGAGGGGCAGUUAUAAUUUUCUUUACUCCACAAAGGCACAAAAAAGUAGGGGUUUAAAUCUGCAAAUUCCCUAAUUUGUGCUGGCCUUGCAACAUUUUUGUGUAUGUGUAGUUAUAAUCAGGAAAGAGCAAGCUGGAACAAAUGCUGCAAAUGUAUGCAAAUGAGAGGGAAAAGAGAGAUUGCACAAAUAAAAUGGUAUCUAAUAUAAGGGAAUAGAUAAUUUAGACAAACAAUAGCUCAAAUUUAGAUAAUUGGAAUACAGCAAAAACUAGAAAUCUCAAGCUUGACUUGUUUUUUUAAAGCCUAGUAGGACUUUAAAAAGCAGAGUUGGAGUAAAAUUAAUUAUUAGCUUUUAGAAAUAUGUUUCAAAUUACAGCUUUUUAAUAUAUUUUGUCAAGUGCAAUUUUUUGUCCUGUAUUUCUAAAUCUUUUUAUUUCCAAAUAACACCCUUAAACUACUUGUAUUAUAGGAAGUUCACAAAUAUUGGAGAGACUGAUUCAUGUUUUCUGUCCUUAACGUAUGAAAAUACCCAGGAAGCAUUGCGUGCAGACAAGACCAGUCCUGUAUUCAAAACUGCCUUUAAAAACCAGCAAGUAACAUAAUACGUGAAUAACAUAAGAAAUUUAUAUUUCAACAUUUCCCCCUCCCCUUAUUUAUUGGUGCGACGCAUCAAGAAACCCAUGGUAGUAUAAUUCCACAAAGCAAAAAUGAUAUAAUGCCUUUCAAUCACACAAAGCUAUGGGCAAGUUUCACUGUGGCUUUUAUGUUCUUAGUCAUUGUUUCUCUGUCCUAUAAUGACUUGGUACAACCUAAAUUCUUUGUACCUAGCAUGCUUCAGUCCAAUUAAAUCUCCUACUGAACACCAUCUCUCCUCCUGCUCCCCACUUUCUUUUUGUUUUCCUGAAGAAGAGUUCCGAGGACCCGGAAAGCUUGCUCACUAUUUUGUGACAUUAGCUGGACUCUGGGGUUUCUUUUUUAUUUUAAUUAUAUAGAUAUGUUUUAGGGACCAGUGACCCUAAGUUCUAGUUGAAUCCAGUCAGGUUCCUAAAACGGGGCGGACGGGGGACUAACCGCACUCUGAAUUAUCUCAGUGAUUCAGUUGGAUAAAGUAGUGUGGUUCUUAUACUCCACUCUUGCCAAAUUGAAAAUUGCUGAGGGUCUUGGCGUACCACUUACUGGUGUGUUUUUUUGGAGAGGGGGGUUGGAUGUUGUAGCAAUUGCAUUGUGCUGUGCCAGAUGCUGCAUAAUACUUAAUAGAAUUUGUGUGCUUCUUUUAUAUCUCAAAUAAUGAAUUUUAGUGUAUCACAAAAGCCAGAAAAAAAUCAAUAAUCAGUAGUAAUAAUUAAAUGUGAUAGAUGCCCAUCUCCCAUCUUCAACCGCAAAUUCUCAGAUAACGGUAGGCAUGGACCACAGUUUGGGAACCCUUAGUCUAAAGAACAAGUAAUUAGGAUUCUUGUGGUGCAUCUAAUAGGAGAAGUUCUACGAAAAGGAAGCUUUCUCAUGCUGGCUGAAUCAGACUCAAAAACAGCUGCUUGGUUGGUUGCACCUGGUCACAAACUAUUUUUGGACACAUUGUGCUUGGAAUCCCAAGAUUUUUAUUUUUAUUUUUAUCUCUGGCUGUAGAAAAAGCAGUGUGAAAAUAUGAUUGCUUUGUGAAUCCUAAGCAACAUUUUCCUAAGCAAAGCUAUUUCAUUCAGGGUUAGCCUCCAGUUUUGUUUUGUUUCAAAAGGAUCUCUGGGUGAAGGGCUGGAAAGCUGACUUUCCAAAAACUUGGAAGAGUUGCUUCUAAUAGGAGCAGAUAGAAGUGGAUAGACAGGCCAAGGGCUGCUUCAAUAUAUUAUUUCCGUUGCAGUCAGGCUCCAAAGAGGCUGGUGCAAAGUACUUCAGUACAGUCGUGGGAGGGUUGCUGGUUUUUCCUUUUAGAUAGCAGCUCCUCACACGGCAUGGGAUGCUGCUGCACAGAUUCUCCUGACCUUGCGUGGCUUAUUGGGAGUCCUGCAGAUGAUAGCUAUCUUCUGUCCCUGCUGUUGGGGGCAGUAUGCCUAGGUAUACCAGUUGAUAGGAAUCGCACAUAGGGAGGACAGGGAACUUCUGAGUGCAUUUGGUGGAACUAGCUUAUCUUCUUUGCACAGCAAAAAAGAAUUGCCAAUCUUGGGUAGGCUUCUAAGUCUAAAUGCGCAAAUGAUAGGAAAGGUAGGGCGAGGCUGACAUUCCCAGGAUGGGGACUGCGCAUGUAUCCUUGGUCCCCUACCCUAUUCUGCACAGAGUGGGAGAAGCAGGCAUACCCACUGUGCACAGGGACAUUGGGGAACUGGUGCAGCAACCUUUUUUCCUAUAUACUUUCUACCCUUAUAUAUUCAGGCUCAACACUGGAAGACGGUAUUAUUAUCCCUUAAAACUGAACCAUGGCUAUAUAUCAAACCCACCAAGUUAAAGUCUUCUUUUCAAUGUAGAACAGCUAUGGGGGAGAAUAUCUGACUUCCAAGGCUAAAUGUCACAGUAAAUCACGUAGUAUAUUGCUUACUGGAUCCAGGGUCCAGCAAGAUCACAGAAAAAUAGGUUCCAGGAACUGUGAUGUAUCUAACUGUGGCCAUUCACUGAGCAUAUUUGGGUGAUUUCCUAUUUCUUUUUUUAUAGCUAUCAACUACCUAAGCUCUCUGAAGCUUUCCAGUCUCAAAUCGUGUGUAUUCAUUCAUUUGAAAGUAUUUUUACUCUGCUGCUCAUCACAACGUGAUUGGCGGGUGAAGUACAGUAAAAAUUUAAAACCAGAAACAAGGCUUAUAGCUAAGAUCAGAUGAAAUCCCCACUAAAUCAAAUAACAGCAGUAGUGGUCAAAAACCCAAAGCAAGGUGAUUAAGCCCCCUUAAAAGCCUGCUGGAAUAGGAGAGUUCAGCUGGCACCAAAAAUUCAUCAGAAUUUGCAUCCGUCACAUAUUGCCGGGGGGGGGGGAUGGUGGUGGCAGACAUUCCGUAAGUGGGAAUAAGCCCCUUCCUGGUUGCUGCAUAACAGUUAUUCCUUGGAUGCAGGAUAACAAAGUGGGUCUCACCUGCUGAUCUUAGGACAAUUGGUAUGACACUACCAACCAGACAACAUAGACAUUUUCUUUGCAUCUCAUGGAAAACCUGUUUGGCCCUGUAACUAUCAUUUUUGAAUACUUUGAGUCUGGAGAAGCAAGUCUAACUUUGUUCAGUGGCCUUCCAAAUCUGUGUGCAAAGGCUUGCAGCUUUAGCCUUCAGAUAAGUGUAACUUUGAAUUCAUACAGCGAGGGAAAAGGCGGAGGCUGGGUGCGGCACCUCCUGGCGCCAGCUUGCCGCCCUCGCUGAAGCAGCGCCAUGCCCAGAGCCUCCGCCUCUUCCACGCCGGAGGAGCCGCCCUCCAGCCGCUGCCCGCCUCCUCCAGCCCUGCAAAGCUGCCGGCAGCGCCGUAAAAAGGUGAGCAACUCCGGGAAAGGGGGGGGCACUGGAGGGAUCUUUGCAUCACAGUGCGGGAUAUAUUUAAGAUGGCCCUAGAUAGAUAGAUACAACGAUGCAGAACAAAAGGCACAUAAACUGCAAAGGUUUUGGGUUUUUUUCCUGGGUCAUAUAAAGAUUUACUUGCAGGCAAAUCAGUAUUUUUAUCAAACUGUAUGCCUCAUUAAUUCAGGGAUAUGAACAUUUCAAAUGGAACCUUGAUUUAAAUAAAUGAUUUAAAUCAGUCCUUUUCCUUGCAUGCUUGACUCAAUGUGAUUUAAGUUACUAUACCCUGGCCUAAUAUCAGUCUCAAUAUGUGAAAUCUUGCUGUCCAAAUUAAAAUCCAGGAUUAUUAUUAUUUAUUACAUGUGUAUACCAAUCCAGCAAGAGUUCUAUGCUAUGCAUUCUCUGUUUUCAUGAACCAUGUAAUGUGCAGAGGUUAAAGCUGUUGCUUUUUUAAAUGUACAAUGGAGACUCAUGACAAAAUCACAGAAAAUCCAUGUCCCAUUGACAGUUGUUGGUCUUGGAGGCAGUAGCAGGUGACCAUAGGAAUGCAGGAAGCUGCCUUAUAUACCAAGUCAGGACAUUGGUCCAUGUAGUGCAGCAUAGGUGAUAUUCACAGCCCUACCUGAAUAUGUUGGGGAAUGAACCUUGGACUUUCUGCAGGCAGAGCAGAUGUACUAUCAAUGAGAUAUGCCCCUCCUGCAGGGUGAGACAGCAAGAUGAGACAGGAACCUUGCUGCUGUCCUAGAAAGAAGAUCUGAGACAAGCAGUGUGGGUUUACAUUGGGUUGGUAUGGAGGGCACAUUGUUUUGCUCCCUUCUAUGCAUGCUUCUACACCACUGUUUCCCAGCAAGGGACAAUGUUGAGCUGCAGCUGUUUUGCCCUAGGCAGGGAAUGCCCACCUGCAGCAGGGUGGUGGCAGAAGUGAUGGCUGCUUCUAAUGACAAGCUAACUUCACUAGGCCAACUCUGGUUAGACUUGAAGCUGCUGUGCCAGGAAAAGGAUCACUUAAAAAAAUACAGUUAAAUAUUGCAAGAAGACGUGUUUGUAUCAAUUUCUGCUGGCAUGUAUUCUUUCAUUCUAUUAUAGAGAAGCCUCUAGCUAUAGAGGUUGUUUUAAGAACUUUGUAACAUUUAAAGGGGUUAAUAUGUUAGAUAAAGGGUGGUGUGGGGGGGGGAUCAAGACAAACAUUUUUAUUACUGGACAUGAGGGGGGUAGUUCUGAUUAAAUUACAUGAUUAUUUGAAUGGGAUAGAAGACAGAGUGCAUCAUUUCUUGCCCUCAACUUUAAUGCCUUUAAUCAAAUAAUGACCUUCUGGAAAUAGUUAAUUUUAAGCAUUUGGAAAGAUCAAUACCACUUUGCCACCAAAAAAUGGCCCAGAUGAUGUGAAAUUUGAUGUAUUUAAAGUACCAUUUCACCCUUUUAACCUAGUAAAUAAUUUAAAAUGCUUUCAGUAAUCUUUUGCCACCAUUAUGUAUCUCAUUGUUCUAAGUAUUAUGACUUACUUUCUUUUUUCCAAAAGCAACCUUCCUGCACUAUGAAGGGCUUGCAGGUCUAAGCCCAAGAUAGCACACAGUAUUGACUUUAACUUUCCUGAAAUACAUGGUUGCUUUCCAUUUAUAUUAGUGCAAUCAUCCAGACGAUAUGCAAUGAGACUUAAAUGUUGUUUUUUUUGAGAGGAAUUGUAUUUUGAAUUUGCCUUCUCUCAUUUUAGUCUUAUGUUAAAGGUGAUGAAUUAGGUCGCUUAGAUUGUUUCAAAAGUCCGUUUUAUCCAGUUUGUGGAACAUUGCUAUAAAAUUAUGUUUGAAUGCCUUCAGCUUUGUAAAUGGGAAAAAUUACCCUCUAUUAGCAUGUUUGUGGGCAGAUUAAAAACUGUCUUCAUUAGCAUAAGGAACACUUACUGAUUCUUUAUAAAACUAGAAAAUUAUUUGCUGAAUGAUAAAUUGCUAGCUUUACAGUUAGUUGUUGUUGACAAUGAGCUCAUUCAAAAUGCGUGCCGCAGUUUAGUCUACAACAAGACUGAAUUCCUUUUUUACUCAGAACUACUGUUUAAUGGAUUAUGUACUUAAACCCUGUUCAUACUGCAUAUGAAAUGUAAUUCAUGCUUUUCACUAAAACGUUUGUAUCAAAUAGCCUUCUUAUUUAGACUGAUUUCGUUUAAUACUGUAUAUUUUUAUGAUACUCUACCCCAGAGAUUGUAACACAAUACUCCUGCAUAUAUAAUUUUGGAAAGGAAAAAACAACGCUCUGAAUAUUAAGAUUAGGCAACAUGAAUUUGUGCAUGGAUCUUAAAACUCAGAAAUGUUACCUAAAUCGUUCAGAGAAAAAAAGUUUAAAUGGUUAAAAAUAGGGCUACAGACCAAAGCAAAGAGAGCUUUAUAAUUAAAGGUGUUAGGCAUUCACAUUGCACUUCAAAAGGCUAUUUUCUGGUGGCUAGAUUCAUCAGCAUGUGGGUAGGCAUACUUUUUCAAAUGAGUGUCUGAUUAACAGUCACAUUCGUGGUCUAACAAAUGGUACACAUGCAGUUUUCCUUUGCUGUAUCAGGACAAAUGGUAGUUUUGCCCUUGACUUCACUAGCAUGGUUGUUACACUCAAAAGUUCUUUCCCUUUACUAUAGCAUAUAGAAUUACUUUGCAGUAAAAAAAUGUUAUUUGUUUUUACUAGACCUGUACCAUAUGUAAUUGCUCAUUUGACAAAUAAGAAAUUUGGUGGUCCUUUUGGAAACCAAGGUGUUGGUAUUCAGACUCGAUUAAGCUUUUUGAGGUCUAAAAUGUAGCAAUGCUAUAUAUUAAACUAUAACAAAAAAAGAUAAAUAGAUGAAUUCUUUGAGAUGCUCAUACAUACAUUUGAUUUAUAUAAUAUUCUAAGCACUGGGUUUUAUAUCCAGUAAAUAAUUUUUAUAGUGCAUUCCUUUCAUUUUAAAAGUUUUUGUAAGAAAAUGCCAAAGAAAAUGUAACAACCCCCCCCCCCAAAAACCCUUAACUAUCUCUUUUUCACCGUUUUCUUGCUUACUAUAGCAAGACUUGCAUAUGUCACUCAGCUGCUAUAAAGUGCAUAGCAGUAUUUCCUUUGUGGCAGAUGGAUUUAAAACUUGACUUCUCAAUAAAUGUAGGUUUACAAUACAUAACUUUACAGGAUUUGUGUUGUAUAUAACAGGUUUGAACAUAUUAUCUCAGAAUUCAUCUGCAUGGCAUUUUCAGCUUAUCCCAGGGCCCAUGCCAGUUAUCUUAAGUAAUAGGGAGAAAGUGUACUGAUUGAUAGCAGCUAAAGGCGUGAUUCUGAAUAGAAACAAAGGCUUUACAACAGAAGGUGUCAAAUUAAACUUCGUCAGUUUGAAAAGUAGUAACAUCCUGAAAGUUCAUCUAACAUAUUUACAUGUGACUAAUGUUUAUAUUUUGCCUUCUUCCUUCUUUAUAUGCAGUGUAAUGCUGCCUGCCUGGCAAAUUUGCUGCACAGAAGUGUAGGAUGUUCCUACUGUCAUUUUAGGUUCUACUCUUUUUUUCGAAGUAUGUACAAAGCCUAAGGGCAGACUUCCAUAUGUGGUGGUGUGCUCCCAUUUAAUAGACAGAUUUUCCCUUCCUUAAAAAAAUUGAACGUGUAAUAUUUGAUGUGCAAAAGGCAUAUAUAUUAUUUAGAAACUUAUCGCCCGCCCUUCUACCGCGUUCACACCACAGAGAGCCACUUAAAACAAUGGCAACACAACGUUCCCGUAAUAAAGCAACAAUAGAAAACAAACCAAUAUAAAAAUUAAAAUGGGCAUGGAAGAUAAAAGCCCUAAAUAGAGUUUGCCAUAUGAAACAAAAGCUUGGUGGAAGGCAAAAGUUUUCAAGUCAGCAGAAAGCAGCAAGAAAGCCUGGGCAAAAUGGGGGGAGUUAAGCAUCACAGUGCAAGGCACUGUUUCUACUCUUGGCUAAGCUUUUGCAAGUCCUGAGACAUUAAUUUGCAAUGGAGUUUUCCUUGUAUAACCCACAGAAUUCAGCCCAGUUUUUCCAAAUGAAAAAAGAAAUGCAGUAGUAGAUUUUUAAAGCACCCGAUUCUCGCCCCCCAGAAUGUUAAGCAUUAUGUCUUUUCCAUUUUCAGUUUUGUUAUAUGCAGCAUUUGAACCAAUUUGUGGUUUUAUUCAACGACAAAUGCUAAUUACUGCUUGACAUGGCCAUUCCAUCUGAGAGUGGUUUCUCCUCUGAAGUCUUCAGGGUAGGGAUAGUGAUGGGGAAUAAAAAUGGUAGAUAACAAAGGCAUAGCCCUGUUGACAUAUGUUUAGUAAUUUAAAAAUAUAUUAUUUUUGUUUGAUGCUGUCCCCUCCUACCAUAUAUUACUAGUAGCAUUUCAAGAAAUCUCAGUGUUAUUUUUAAAAAUAAGGAGGUGAGGCGAUACAUAUAUUUUUCAUAUUUUAAGAUCAAACCUGAGACAAGAAGCUUUUUAAACUUUUGGCUUCAGUUUUAAAUUUUAUCAAAAAAAUUGGGUGAUUUUAAUCUUUCAAAAUUAGUGGACUACCCUUAAAAAGCUAAGAGAUUUGCAUUUAUACUUGCAAUUCAUCACACUGUUUGGGGGUGAGGAAUUAGAAGUAUUAUUUCAGGGCAAAGGUUAAUAGCAAACUACUGGAAAUGUUUUAUUAGUCAUGGGUAAUUAAUAAAGAUAUGUCUGCACUUAAAACACAGAAGUGACAACAAGAGCAAAAUACUUGCUAAACGAGUCAAUGUUUUUUCUCUUCCUUCCUUCCUUCCGGAAUUACUCGUUAAGCGCACCCAACCAAGAUUUUUUUAAGGAAAUAUUUUUGAUAACUGUAAAGAACAAACAGUGGCUUCCCACCAACCAUCUUCUAAAGUGGUAUCAAGAUUUAGAGAACAAAAUUGAUGAGAGAUUAUGGGGUUUUUACACUAGCAACAUCUGAAGGGUACCACAUUGGCUAGCCAUACAAUAGAGUGUGUGUUCAAUAGAUGUUUCUGUAUGUUCGUCAAAUGUUAGAGAACACUUACACCUUGGCACAGCCAGCACAUAUAUUGCAAGCAACAGGUAAUCCUUACACAUCUCCUUUAUCUUACCCUAUCCAGCCUAUAAGCCAUGUAAAUGAUUAGUGCUCUGGCACCUAGGCAACUUGUAUGUUAGAGACAGGGAGCCGGAUGGGGAUUUGACUGGUAGGUACAGAGUAGCUGUUUGGAUUUUGGUAAAUAUAUACUUACGUUAUGUAUCUCAUGAUACGAAGUACCAGAUAUUUUAAGGGAGCAAAGAGAUUACUGUCUUAUGUCUUUAUUGAAUAUUGUCUUACUUGUCCAUUACGCCUUUACUGAAAUCAAAUGAUGAUUUGAAAUAGCUCAUGAGAAUCCAUUCAUAAUAUUGAAUCCAUGGUAAAUUUGCACCAUCUUUUAUUUCACUGGUCUAAGCAGUAAAGCUGCAUUGUAUCUGGCACAUAGCCUCCUCCACACAUUAGAAACCUCCCUAUCCUUGGAGAUCUAACUGGUCAGGUAGAAAGCUUUUAUUCUGACCUGCUUGGUUUCUCUGUGCAGGGAGGAGACCAUCCAUUCAUGUAGGUAACCAGUAUUUGCAUCUGUAGAGCCAAUAAACUUCAAAAACAAAAGUUUUGGGUUGCUGACCUGGACCCACAUCUGACCUGCUCUAGCUCUCGUCUCAAUCCAGUCAAUAUUUUUGAAAUCAAGACAUGACAACUCUGGGAUCUGUUAUUUGUAUGUUGAAGAGCAAUCCUCUUUCACUGUUCUUUGGUUGUCUUAUUUUAAGGAUUGUAGCGCAUAUGCUACAGAAUAGUGAUUAAAUCCCAUUGAUUUCAGUAGGAGUUGAUGCAUGCUGGAUUUUCCCCAGAUUGUGAAAUCCCCAACUUUCUUUCUGCAGAAAUGGUAGAAUGGUUCAAUGAGAAAAUUUCUCCAGUGGGCAUGUUGGGAAUUUUGAGAGAGAGUCAUAAGAGACCAGUCACAAAUUGCAGGGCUGGCGGUGGCAUAACACAAAAUGGUCACCACAUCGAAGAGAGCAGGAAAUGGUGUGGUCAUGCCCUUACCCAGUCCUUUUUUUCUGGGGGGACACAGGGGUACGCAUACCCCUAAACAUUUUGUGGAUUUUUAGUUUCUUCUCUAGCACGGUGACUUGUCAGUUCCGUUGCUAACCCAGAUGCCCAUGUACUGUAUUUUUCCCGAUUUGAACUAUGAAAUGGUGAUUUUCUUGAGUCAAAAUGAGAGUAACCCGACUCUUUAUGUAUGCUACAACUGUGGUGAGGAUGCUAUUAGCACAAAGAUGGAAAAGCGAUAAGAUACCAACCAAGGAAGAAUGGCAAGAAAAACUUAUGGAAUAUGCCAAAAUGGCAAACCUAACUGAAAGACUUUGAAACAAGAACAAAAAAUAUUUUAAGAAAGACUGGGAACCAUUUUCAGCUUAUAUAAAAAAUCAGUGCAAAGAACUAGACUCACUAACAGGUUUUGAAUAACCAUUUACAAUUGACAAAAAUUAUAUAAUUUAAAAGUUAAAACAUAAAAAGGACUGAAAAAGGGGUACAGUCGUACCUCUACUUACGUAUCCUUCUGGAUACGAAAUCUUUGGGUUAUGGCCACUGCAAACCCGGAAGUGUAUACUUCCAGGUUUCACCCAUGCAUGCAUGCGCAGAAGUGUUCAAUCACGCUGCGCACAUGUGCAGAAGCCCGCCUCUAUUUACAUAAUUUCCGGAAUGAAUUAAGUUCGUAUCCAGAGACUCCACUGUAUGCAGGAACUGAUACUAUUUUCAAUAAACCAGAGAAGGAGGUUGAGAGAAGUGCGGGGGGAAUGGGGAAAUUUUGGGAUUAUGUUAUGAAGCAAUAUUGGAAAAAAUGAAAAAUUUAUUUAAAAAAUGAGAGUACCCAUAAACAAUUUUGUUUUAGAAAAAAAGCACUGCCCUUACCCUUAGCGAGGAAACAGGAACCUACACCAGCCAUUUCAGUGCUUGUCUCAAAGAAAAGUUAUUUGCCCCUCUCUUCUACUAGGAGCAGGAGGGAGGGUGUCCAGUCCUGCAUACGGAGCGGGUUCAGUGUGGGAGUGGCUGAGCCAAUGCAAGCUAGAACGGAUCAGAAAUAGCAAACUGUCUCUCUUGUAGUGUUGAUUUUGAAGAGAUAUUUACUGACACCUUUGGUGGGACGUAUGGCUGAUACUGGCAGCCAUACCAACACCCCCAUGUCAAAAGCAAUGACCCCCAUGUCAUUGCACAGUCAUACCUCGUGUUGCGUUAGGUUCAUGUUGCGUCUUUUCGGCUUGUGAAUGCGGCAAACCCGGAAGUGUAUACUGCAUCGUGUGUGCAGAAGCGCCGUUCUAGUUGCGGACUUUUCGGGGUGUGAACGGCACCCCGGAACGGAUUGUGUCUGCAACUAGAGGUACCACUGUAUAGGUUGCAUUCAAGUUGUGACCUGUUCAUUCCUAAAAACCAAUAACAUUGCAGCCCUAACGGGGAAAUGUGGUUCUGGUGUCAGUUCAUCCAGGCUGCAGUAAUGCCCUCUACAUGUUCAGAAAUGUCAACUGUCACAAAAUGCUGCUACCGGAAUGGUAAUAAUGGGUGAUUAACUGUCCAGGGGCCCUUUAACUUACUUUACCUUUACCCUAAUAGCUGGUAGAUGAUCUGCUUACAUUACACAUAGUGUUUGUAUUAACUUUAGAACCCAUAUCAGUUUGAGACCAUAUUAUUUGAAGUACCAUCUAUACCCAUAUGAACCAAUCAGUCCCUAAGAUCAGCCUCAGAGGCCCUGUUCUCUGGUCUACCACUAAAAAAGGUCAGGUCAGUUGGUACCAGAGGCAGACCAAAUGGCCCCAUGACUUUCGGGACUCCUACCUCCAAGACCUGUGUUUGGUCCUAUUCUGUUGUUAUUUCAAAUGGAUCCUGAAAAGCAUUUUAUACCAUCAAGGUUUUCAGUUAUUUUACUGUUGGUUUGCUAUAUUUUAAUUUGAUGGUGUUUUACGGGUUGCUUUGAUAUUCAUGAUACUAUAAUGUAGCCUAAUUUCUUAUAUUGUAAGCUGCCAUAGAUUACUUGACCAUAAAAUGUAAUAAUUUAACAAUAAUAAUUUAUUUCUCCCCCCCCCCACACUUGAAUAAAUGGUAUGGAUUGCAUAGUUAAAGCAUUCAGAGUUAAAUCUGAAAGGGAAUUAUCAAUUUUGUACUAAUUUUGUUUAUUUCCCUGUAUUCAUACAGAGCAAACUAAAUACUAGUUUCCUUUGUCCUGUUUCUUUAAAACCAAUAAAAAAAAAAUUCAAAUAAUGCCACAGAUAUCAUUUAAGAUGGCAUGUAGGCAAUUGCUAAACCGUUAAGGGGGGAAAAUCUGUGCAUCUAUUUUAGAAGCAAAUUAGCAUUUGCUACAGUUCUCCUGGGACAAUCUUUUGGCAUACUUUCAAGCCUGCUUUUCCCUAGAACAUGCCUGGGUUAGAGUAGGUGCUUUUAUAGACAGUUUGCAUGUGCUGUGAUAUGGAGAAGAGUGUGGUCUUUUUCAUAUCAUACAUAAAAUCGUGAGUUUAAUUUUGAAACCAGAAGACUCUGAAUUGGGUAAAAGAUUUGUCAACAGGUUUCAGUUCUGUCUGCAGAACAACCUGAGCACAUGAGCAAGAAUGAGGCUAUCCUGCUCAAUGAUGUCGUUUCAAAGGAUUGUUCUCUUUCCAAAGGACAUUAGAAAACUUCUGCAUCGUAAGAUUUAUGUGAGCCAGCUUUAUAUAGUCAAAAUAGAUGAAUGAAGCUCUCUCUUAUUCAAAGUAAGAAAAAUAUCACUAGGAUUCCCUUUUUUAAAAAAAAAUAGUGAAAAUAACACCUAAUGUGCAAGCUACCAAAAUGCUCUUUUUAUGUCCUCAGAUGAAUAUGGGCUUACAUAAAGGAAAAUCCAACUGCAGAGACACAGUAGUGACUGAGAAUCCUCUCUCAUAUAUUUGAAAUAUAUGAUGCAUUGCUGCUUUGUGUGGUGGGGUGGGGUUUUUUUGGGGGGGGGGGUACAAGGGAUCUGUUUAAUAGAAGCUAGGUUAUUAUUCCAAAAGUUGGCUUUCUUGAUAGUUUUGUACAACAAAAUGACUGACUGUUGUUGUUUUUACCAGAUUAUAAGGCCACUCCUAAGGUGUAAACUAUGCCUGCAUUCAUCCGGUUUCCUUCCAAGGAAAGCGUUUGUAUGGUCAUGCUUUCUUGUUAAAAGUGGUCUAAUAUUUUGAUAUUAUCUUAAGGGAUGGCUCUGUGAACUCUUGCGCUGGAAAGAAGAUCCUUCACCUGAGAACAGAACCCUGUGGGAGAAUCUGUCAAUGAUCCGGAGAUUCCUCAGUCUUCCUCAGCCUGAAAGAGAUGCCAUUUAUGAACAAGAAAGCAAUGCAGUUCAUCACCAUGGCGACAGGCCUUCCCACAUUAUCCAUGUUCCAGCAGAGCAGAUUCAGGUUGGUUUACCUUUGCCUAUUCAGUGUUAAGAAGAAGAACAACAACAACUACAAAACCUAGUUUAUCUUGAAAAAGAAACAAUUCCUUCUAUUUCUGCUCUAUUAAAUAGAAGAGUUUUAAUAUGAAUAAGAUUAUUUCAGAAUUAAAAUCUGCCAUUGUUCACCUUUAGUUGAAUGCUUGACUUUUUGUGCAAUACAGAAGCAUGUGUACAUAGUACACUAGAAUUAAUUCUAGGGUUUCCUGAUCAGUAGUUCCUCCACGUUAGUUCCAGAUUUUUAAACUUCUUUUUUAAAAACGAGCUGGGAAGGUGCAAGAGUUGCCAAAACUGGAUAUUCACAAAGUAAUAUGCAUGUAUUUCAGGCAUUUUCUUCUUCUUUUCCGUAGCUCUUGCACCCACAAUUGCAGGAGCUGCAGAUAGCGAGGCUUAAAAAAAACUGGUGUGCAUGCAUACCUCUUACUUGUGGCAAUAAUUUAUAAAUGUGGAGGACGUAAAUAUACUAGGUGCCAUAAUGUUGAAAUAAAAGUCCAGUUGAUGCAAUUGACAAUGUUUCAUUUAAGUGAAAAACGUGGGAGGAGUUCCAGCCCCAAAUUCUUCAUCCCACUUGCCCCCCGUUUGAAAAUUGGGAUGAGUCAAUGUUUGUUUGUUUUUCCUUCAGAGCCCCUCUCCCACCAACCUUGGGAAAGGAGAGCAUAGAGGCGCUUUCUUACCUGGCCUGCUGACCACUGGACCUUGGCUGGGUGCUGCUCCCCAGGUGAGCUGGCACGAGUUUAAUGUGUCAGGGACAGUUAUGGAGGGGUUUCAGGACUUGAACCAACAGAUUCCUUCCAUAUAAAUACAGAACAGGAAAUGCUGCCUCUCUGGGAAUGGACGAGGCUUAACUUUAUUAUAAGCUGCCCUGGUAAAAAAUUUUGAAGGGCGGGGGUGGUACAAGUCUCUUGUACUAAAGACAGACCUGGGGGUCAGCCUUUCACUUUCCCCCUUCUUUUCCAAGAAUAGAUAGCCCCCUGUCCCCUGACUACACUCAAGACUCUGAAUCGUUCAUAUUAUUACUAUGGAACUAUUUACAAAGCCAAAAAAGCACACCUGUGUUAUUAAAGAUAAAACAAACUGAACAAUGGAAUAUUGGCUGCUUGAAAUGAUGAAAGCUGAGAAACUUAAUGUUUGAUUUAGCAAAGCGAGGGAGAGAAAGGUCUGUGCUAAAAAAAACACAUUACUGUACUUGCUUGAAAAUUGCCAGUUUUCAUACACUUAUCACUUGUUAAUGCAUUUUAAUACGAGAAUAAAAGGAAAAACUUAUGCAACCACAUACAUCCUUAGUUUUGGACAUGGUUUCACCUUUUAUACAAAUACUCAUAGUUUCAAUCCUGAGCAUUCUUAGUAAAAUGGAUCUUACUAAUCCUGUGGAAAUUAGCAGGAUUUAGGCUAAGUAAGCAUAGUUAAGGUUGGGCUGCAUGUGAGCAGUAGCCAACAAAGUUGUAGAUGUACAUAAGUCUCCCUCCAUACAUGCAAUAUUAGCUGUGCCAUAUUCCCAACUUUUGUGGCUAUGUAUGGAAAAUAUGUGACCUUUUUAAAAGAGUGCAUACAUACAUAUGCAGCAUCUUUGUGACCUUGUGAAAUUUGGGCACAGCAUUUAAAUAAAUGUCUUCAAAGGCCUGGAAAUUGCUUACAUAACCUCAUUGCACCCAAGUAUGCUGGUAUAGAAUGACAUCCUCAUGCACAAAACAUGUCCCUGCCUUUAUAUUUGCACAGGUUUCACAGCCUUCUUUACACAUGUUUAAGUUCAACUGAUGUUUCAUUUGAUGCUUAGGAUUUCAAGCUUAUCUCAUGUAAUUCUGGCUUUAUUUAGUUUUUGGAAUUAACAGCAAUCUAGUCAUUGGAUUUUUUGAAAACUUAGAUGCUCUCGUCAUAGUAUCUCCUUAAAAAAAUUCUGAACCUUUUCACUUUGCCAUUAGCAGUACCUAAGUAAUAAUUCAAAAACACUAUUGAGGGAUAGGUAAGUACAAGCAGGACUUCCAGUAAAACUUUACACUAUAGGGUGUAAAGUUGUUCAGUGAUCCAGGAGUCAUACCAUGCCAUGCCUCAGUCCUCAUUGGGCAGUUUAUGGAGGCGUGAUUGCCUUCCCUCCCUACAAUUUUUGUAAUUCUACAAAAUUCAGGCUUCUCCCAAAAAUGCUGAUCUCUCCCUCCUCUUUCUUGGUUGAUUCUAUUUUGGCUAAAUAAAAAUGAGAACUGGGAGAAUUGAAUUUGCUAUUAGUUUAAGUGAAGAUGUUUAUAUGCAACUUCUAAAUGGAGAUAGUGGGAAAAAAGGAUAUAGAUGGCAGUUAUUCUAAUAUUGUACACCACGUGGCUUUAAUUCUCCUUUCUGAAGAUGUGUUUUAUGAUAAUACUGUUCAGAGUAGUUAACAUUUGGCUAUACCAUAUGUCUUCCCCCCAUUUUUUUUUAUCUUACGUACAUUUCCAAAAGUAUGCUGCUUAUAUAUUAAAAUUCAGUUUAUGAUUAUUUGACGUACCCAGCAGUAACCCAUGACCCACGUAAUGCAUGGAAACAACCAUAUUUAAGAUAUCUGAUAUGAUCUCUUGCAUGUAGCAGCAGCUGCUGCUGCUUCCUACCUCUUCUGCAAGUAUUCCCCUUCCUUCCCUUUUCAUAGCUAAUGCUGUCCAACUGCACUAAACACUCAUUAGUUGGCAGUACAAAAAUAUGGUAGAGAAAAGGCAUGAACUUUCCUGCAACAACACAGCCCAGAGGCCAAAUUCGCAGACUCCUCAUCGACUUUUCAAAGAGGAGUUAAUCACACAAUCCAGACCUUCAUACGAUCAGCUACUCAGACAUAGAGUCCGGUUCAAAUUGGAAACUAUGAAGGGGAAGGACUUGUGCCAUUCCUCCAUGAUAUGUUUCAUCACACACACACCCAGCUGGAUUGGUGAACUGAGCCCACCGUGACUGUUAUUGACAUUCAAUUUAUAUAUCAUUUUUCCAUAAGGAUUUGUGCCACAAGCAGCUAGCAUUACAUGUGAACUGAUCUUAAAUUAACCACGGUUUGCAGGAAACAAAAGUUGGAACUGGAUUUGCCAAACCUUUGGCUAGCUAUGGUUAGCAUCAAAUGUAUACAUGUAGUGCUAACCAUAGUUAAAAGGCAAGCGUUGGAGAAUCUGUAUGGGAAAGUGAGGGAGAAAGAAUGAGAUGUAGGGGGAAUAUGGAAACCCAUGGGGCAGUCAUCAGGUAGUGUUAUUCCUGCCCCGGCUCAGUAUGGGUAAACACAAUUACUUUAAAUGUUUUUAAAGAAACCACUAUUUCUUAUUUCUUGUAUUGAACAAAAAAGUCAGUGUGGUUUUCUUUGUCUACCAGCAGCAGCAACAACAGCAGCAGCAGCAACAACAGCAGCAGCAGCAACAACAACAGCAGCAGCAGCAACAGCCACCACCACCAGGCCCCAGAUUACCCCCAAGGCAGCCAACAGUAGCAUCACCAGCUGAAUCUGAGGAUGAAAACCGUCAGAAGACCCGCCCACGAACAAAGAUUUCCGUGGAAGCCCUGGGCAUCCUUCAGAGUUUUAUACAAGAUGUAGGCCUAUAUCCAGAUGAAGAAGCAAUCCAGACUCUUUCAGCUCAACUUGAUCUUCCCAAAUACACCAUCAUCAAAUUCUUUCAGAACCAGCGAUAUUAUGUCAGGCACCAUGGAAAGCUGAAAGACAACUCAGGCUUGGAGGUGGAUGUUGCAGAAUAUAAGGAAGAAGAGCUGCUUAAGGAUUUGGAAGAGGCUGCACAAGAAAAAAAUACGAACACACUUUUUUCAGUUAAAUUAGAAGAAGAGUUAUCUGUAGAAGGGAACACUGACAUUAAUAAUGAGUUGAAAGACUGA